AUGAUUGGGUCCACGCUACGGAAUUUACCAGCGAUCUCUCCUAAACGUUGCUCCCCCCGUUUCCUUCACACUACCGCCAUCCAACUCUCCGGUCAUAACAAAUGGUCAACAAUCAAGCACGAUAAGGCUAAAAAUGAUUCACAAAAGAAUAAACUGUUCUCACAAUUCGCACAACGGAUAUCCAUUGCUGUUAAACAAGGAGGAUCGACAGAUCCAAAUAUAAACAUGAGACUGGCAACAGCGCUAGAACAGGCUCAAAAGAAUAACGUUACGAAAAAAGUCAUUGAAAAUGCAAUUCGCAAGGGCUCAGGUGUACCUGCACCUGGUGAAAAACCAACUGAGUCAUGUAUCUAUGAGGGAAUUGGACCCGGUGGUAUCUCCUAUGUCGUCGAAGCGCUAACUGACAAUAAAAAUCGUACAAUUUCAUUGGUAAGAAGUGCAUUUAACAAAGCUGGUGGGUCGAUGACCCCGACUUUGUACUGUUUUCAAAGACGCGGAUUUGUUAAUAUUCUAUCACCCAAGGGAAUGGAUGAAGAGCAGGUCAUUAUGACAAUCUUAGAUGUAGAAGGCGUAGAAGACUACAGUGAGAUGGAUGAUGUCGAAUUAGGUGAAGGCGAAUACGGCGGAUCCUUUGUUGUAUUUACCAAACCAUCAGACGCUAACAAAGUGGCUCAAAGACUGAAGGAGAGUAAAUUCUACGUUGAUGACGUUGGUGUUGAAUUCAAUGCGCAAGAUCCAAUUGGUAGUACACUCAAGGAAGAAGAAUUAAGAGCAAAUGACUCCCUAGAAAACGCACUAGAUGAUAUCGAAGAAGUUACAGACGUUUAUACAAAUAGAGGUUAG